AACGGUAUAUGGACUUUCACAUCUUGAUAGUCAGCUGUAAAAUUCACAGUGAUUGAAAAGGUUUGGUCAUAAACAUUUUAUACCCUCAUCAUGACACAUUCAACCAGCACACUACACAAUGUGUAUUUGGUUAUAAUGAUGAAUAUUGUUUUUUAAGCAGUUAAGAUAGACUUUCCUGUUUUAAUAUCCUUGAAAAACACUUCUCAACUGUUAUUCUAGUUUACUGACACUCAACGAUAAACUGAUUAGUGUGUUGGUCAAAGGUAAAAGAGCAACUUUACUGUGUCCAUGUGUCCAACUCAUUCUUGUAAAUGUGAUGUUUCAACAAAUUCUGAACUUUUAAUAGAUGUAGCCAUCUUCAGAAUUUUAUAAAUCAAUUUUAAAGAAUUGAAUAAAUCCAAAUCUGUGAUCAACUGAUCAAAAAAUAAAUCCCCUUCCUCUUCGAAGAACAUCAGUGGAAGAAAAAAACGUCUCGUAUCACAAUGUUGAUGAGCCUCAAGGUUAAGUCUGACUGACUUAUCACAAUGUUUUGAUUUUAUGGUUUUAUAUAUCCUUAGUAGAUAUUCAAUAAAAAAUGCCCCAUUGACCUUACAUUUGGGCUAAGCCAAAGAUAUUCAACACUUCUGGCUCGAGUUAUAAUAGAGCAAAGUUAUAAUAAAGCCAGAAUUAUAAGAUGUGGACUAAUAAUAACUAUAUCUUGUCUGUAUCUGCCUGUUUUUAUGUAAUUUGCCUGUUAAGUAUUACUGUUUCUGAUGUUCUAUUUAUUUUUGUUAGGACCCCUUGAAAACAAGACGCUGCAUCUUAAAGGGCUAUUCUUAAAUAUAUUCAAAUUCAUAUCAUAAAAAUUCAGAAUUAUGAGGUGGAAGGUCAAAAAAAUCAAAUGUUAUAACAUAAAAAAGUAUAAUUUGAGUGCAAACUUGACAUUUGUAUGACUGCGUGUAAAACAGGAGCUAAAAGUUGCAUCUGGUUGUUUUACAUUUCCCCCUAAAGCGAAAUAUGCCUCCAACCCUGUGACAACAUGCUUGUUCAUUCAAGAUGUUUUCACUUGGCUUCUCAAAAAUGUUAGAUAGGUUUUUACAUACUGUCAAAAGCCCUCGGGUUCAAACGGGCACUUUAAUUUACGUCACAUGCUAAAAUAACAUUAAGAACCUUUUUUUCGUCGUCCCACUGACGUUUCUUUUUUCUUUUACCACGUUUUUAUGGGGGAAUUCGACUGUUGUCCUCUUAAAGAGACAGUAACCGCGAUAGCUCUGUGCCGCUGCAGGUUUGAUGCGUGUCUCUUUAAAUCUCUCAUGACAGCUCGUAGCGAUGAAAGUGGGCUGUGUGGGUUUGGGCUGUUCGGGGCUUUAGCUUUCUCAUACCCCGCUAUCGACCUUUGGAUCCCGGAGCCCGGGGUGGGUAGGCAGCUCCGCCGUCUUCAGUCCUAAUUGGCUGUCCUCUCUCCUGUGCACGGCUUCUUCCUAUUGCUCCGCACAUCGUGGCCCAAACACAGCCGCCAGUGCACACGCACAGACACACAUUGGUGCGUGUAUCCACGUACAUCAUGUGGCGUGAGUGUGCGCAAUGCUGCCCAAAGUCCCCCGGCCUGCGGUGCAGUCUCUUAUCGGCAUGUUUGAAGAUUAACGAGGUGAAUCGCGUACUGUAGACCACAAACACUGCCAGCUGUAGCCUGCAAGAGGCCGAGGAGCCGACAGAGCGGGCGGACAGCGUGUCAAGGCGGACAGGGAGGAAGGAAGUCACCGCUGUAGCUGCUUCAUACUUCUGAGUCCAGCAACAUGACCGAGAAACGGAUGUCCAGGUGGUAUUUCGGGGGGCUGGCGUCCUGCGGAGCAGCCUGCUGCACGCAUCCUCUGGAUCUGCUGAAGGUACACCUGCAGACCCAGCAGGAGGUGAAGAAGAGGAUGGUGGGGAUGGCCAUUCAUGUCGUGAAGAACGAUGGUGUGCUGGCUCUUUACAACGGCCUCUCUGCCUCCCUCUGCAGACAGAUGUCCUAUUCUCUCACCAGAUUUGCUAUUUAUGAGACAGUCAGGGACAUGAUGGGCAGUAAAAGCCAAGGCCCCAUGCCUUUUUACCAGAAGGUCCUGCUGGGAGCUUUUGGAGGUUUCACUGGAGGCUUCGUUGGCACGCCGGCUGACAUGGUGAAUGUCAGGAUGCAGAAUGACAUGAAACUACCACCAGAGCUGAGAAGAAACUACAAACAUGCUCUAGAUGGGCUCUACAGAGUCUUCAGAGAAGAGGGAGUGAGGAAACUGUUCUCAGGAGCCACCAUGGCAUCCAGCAGAGGAGCGCUGGUCACUGUGGGACAGUUGGCGUGCUACGACCAGGCCAAGCAGUUGGUUCUGGGAACCGGCAUGAUGGGAGAUAACAUCCUCACUCACUUCCUGUCCAGCUUCAUAGCUGGAGGCUGUGCUACAUUCUUGUGUCAACCUCUGGACGUCCUGAAGACAAGGCUCAUGAGCUCAAAGGGAGAGUACACGGGGGUGAUGCACUGCUUACGAGAAACAGCAAAGCUGGGCCCAAUGGCAUUUUACAAGGGUCUCGUACCUGCAGGGAUCCGCUUGGUUCCUCACACUGUUCUCACCUUCGUCUUCCUUGAGCAGCUCAAGAAAAACUUCGGCAUCCGCAUCAUCUCCUGAGCAUGCUCUAUGACAGGCCAAACUUCAACCUCCCACCGACACUGCCGCUCACAGCCCUCCCCGUCAGCAGUCUGCUUGUAGCGUUUAUUAGGAAAUCACUGAGGGGAGCAAAGGGAGUCAUGUAUGGUUUCUGAUGGUGCAUGUUUUCCAUCUUUUAGCUCUACCUCUAUCACUCAGUUAGCAGUGAAAUGAUUCAAGCAAGAGUACCAAGUACUGGACGGAUGGGACGAAUACUGGACAAUUUAAAAAAAAAAAAAAAAAAAAAAAAAAGACUAUUUCCUCUAACUGAACAUAUAAUCACCAUGAGGAGGAGGAGACACUAAACAUGAAGGUGCUGCAAUGUUUAUUAGAAUAAACUGCACAUAUUCAGAGGAGAUUACAAUGCGCUCUAGCAGAUGUAUAGUUGUUUAGUGUAAGACGUCUCAGGUUGAUUUAUUGAGAUUGUUAGUUUAUAAUUAAGAUCGUCAUUGAUACUGACUUAAAAUGUUGACUUUAACUAAUUCCAGAUCAGAUGUGUGAUUUGUUUAAUCUCCGCAGUUGUGUACAGGUUAGUGUUUUAAAAAUGUCCACUCUGUUUCAGGCAUGUUGUACUUUUCAACAUUCUGUGAGUGUCAUAUUAUGUCAGAACAGAGUUUAUGAUCCAGCAGAAGUGCAAAUUGCAAACAAACACAGUGUAGCCUUGUCAUCUGUGCCAUUGAUCUCCCAGAAGCCAUUAUGAAGACAUGACUGAACAAACCGUUCCUUAUCAUUCCCAGUGAUGACCAAAUGAGACACACCCUGAGAUUUAAAACAAUUGUUUGUUUUUUAUAUCUAUAUUAAUGAUAAAAACUGAAAACUGACUGCUAGCUAGUUAAAUGUGAUAUUUUCAUUCCGAUUUGAUGUUGUGAUUUCUAAAAGAGGACCAAGUAUGUGUUUUUGCGUCACGUUUUAGAGCUCCUGUGAGGAACUUUCAGUUUCUAAUGCCUUAGGUGCUCCCCUGGGGAGAAAGUAAUAGCUUUUACCUCUUUCUACAAAUGCAUUUUGUGAGGAAAAAUCUCAUCCUGCUUCUUUUAACAAACCUAAUGCACAUUUUUAGUCCUUUCAGUAAACAAGAAUGUAAACACAAGAUAACAAACUGUUUAGCAGCUUGGUCACAGACAAAAUAACUAUUGCUAUGUUGUGCUGGUUUGACUUGGCCUGACUACUUUGUUUUUGUAUGAGGCACUUAAACUUUCCAUCAUCAUAUCACAUGGAAAAUGGGGUCGUCAUACCACAGCUGUGCAAAACUGUCGACAUGGCAAUAAUGGAGGACAUUGAGGUGAUAGUGUACUUAGAUCUCAUUCUGCAACCUUUGCCCAUCAAGGAGACAAGUUUUCUUCCAAAGAUGGAAGCAGUGAGUCAAAAUACUAUGGAAAAAUACAUGGGCUGUCAGCUAUAAUGCCUUCAUUGCGAUUAAUUAAGGUUGCUGUACUGGUUAACUGUAAUGUCUCCCUGCAGUCAUGGUGAUUUAAAAUAAAUCCACCACUGCUCCUUAGUCUAUGGCAACAAUCAGUUUUUUCCUCGAUGUUCUCUUUUUUUGGGUCGUUAAGAGAUAACAGUAUAAACUUCAGUUGAUUUUAUGGCAAGCUGAAAACUCCUCACAAGAGCUUUAAAGUGAUACUUUAUUUUUUAUGUGAGGUUGUAUAAUGUUCUGGUUAAUAUUAAGGUUACUAGCCACAGGAGAUGCCAGUUAAUGUUGCCCCUUUAAGGAAAGAGUGACAGACAUGGAAGCUGCAUGUGUGUCCACUAAAGUGCUAAAACAAAGCAUCUCAAAGUGGAAAAGCAAAGCACUGUGAUUUUUUUUAACAUAGUGUACAGGUAUCCAGGUGUUUGAUUUAGCUUCGCUUUUCUUAAAAUUAGUUAGACGAUGUGUAGCUGUUGCCGAGCUUCCAUGCUUGAACUCAUGACGGUCUCCCCGUAAAGGGAUCCCAUUGACUGACAUCAGAGACUCUUUAUGUACCUAAUACUGAAAAAAGAACCUCAUACAACCCCAAUUCAAAAAUACUGAAAGAUCACUUUAAAGAAGGAAGAUACUUUGUAGACUGUGAAUCAUAAAAAG